AUGGCGACCGCUGCCUGUGUGUUUGCGCUGCUUUCCAUAAAUCCAAUGCGAUUACCACAACUUCCCAGAGUCUGCAGCAACGAAAUGUGCAAUGUGAAGAUGGUUGAUCUGAGAAAAUGUAGGAUCCGAUGUCGUCCACCUUUAGCCCCUGGCUGGUCUCUCUUGCCUUCGACAGGCUACGCUUACUUCCAUGUCAAAAAACGCGCUACUUGGGAAGAGGCCGAAAAGGAAUGCCGAAAAGAAGGGGCAACAUUGGCUUCAGUUCACAGCAACGAAGAGAAUGAUCACAUUUACAUCUGCCUACAUGCUCAUCUGGAAAAGGCUGAAAGGUGGGUAAGGGGAGAGGGAGGAAAACCCAUGGCUAACAAAACUGGGGAGAUCGCAGUUGGAUUGCGUGCUGAUAUUUCGUGGUGGUGUGACAAGAUCACGCAUAAUUUCGCAAAAGCAGGCCUUAGUCCUUACACUACCUUGUGGCUUGGUCGUUUGAAACCUAACCCCUCCGGAAAAGGAUAUAUGUGGCAUGAUAACACUCCACUUAAUUUCACCAACUGGGCGGAGCACCAUCCCAACAAUUUGGAAACUGACACAUGCGUAGCGUUCUACAACAGAAGAAUGAACAUUAGUAGAGAAGAAAUGUACCUCAAACGCUGGAUCGAUCUUUGCUGUACCAAGAAAAUGGAGAUCGAGGAGGCACAGGAGAUGGAGGAGAUCAAGGAGGAGGUCAAGAAGGUCGUUGAGAUUGAGGAAGUUGAGGAAACAGAAGAAAAAUUGAGGCAAUGGCCUAUGGGAAAAUAG